AUGGCGGAUUCAAAAGCUUUGGUAAAGCUUAAAGAUGGCGUACCUGGUGCUGUGGUGUGUCCGAUGUUGACGACGUCGAACUACACGGUGUGGGCAAUGAGGAUGAAGGUGCUUCUGCGUGUGCACAAGGUAUGGGAAACGAUAGAGCCUGGAACAGAUGAAGAAGAGAAGAAUGAUCUGUCUACAGCUCUCUUGUUUCAGUCCAUACCUGAAUCAUUGAUCUUGCAAGUUGGUGACUUGGGUUCCCCUAAAGUGAUAUGGGAAGCUAUACGAUCAAGAAACCUAGGAGCAGAGCGUGUUAAAUCAGCUCGUCUUCAGACGCUGAUGAAUGAAUUUGAUCGUUUGAAGAUGGAUGACUCGGAUUCGAUUGAUACGUUCUCAGGAAAGAUAUCGGAGCUUACGUCAAAAGCAACCUCAUUGGGACAGAGUAUUGAGGGACCUAAAGUUGUGAAGAAGUUUCUUAAUAGUCUACCAUCAAAGUUCAUCCAUAUGACAGCCUCGUUAGAACAGUUGUUAGAUUUGGAUACAACUAGCUUUGAAGACAUUAUUGGAAGGCUCAAAGCUUAUGAAGAACGAAUAAAAUGUUUUGAACCUAUUGAGCAACAAGGAAGUCUUCUGUACUCAAACACUGAGAAGUCAUAUGAUCAAAGAGGAUCAGACAAUUCAGGAAGAGGAAGAGGACAUAACAGAGGCCGUGGCAGAGGCAACAUAGGAAGAGGUCGUGGCAGAAGCAACAAUGGCGAGAGAAACAAAGAAAAAAGGACUACUCGCUGA